AUGGCCCCUCUGCACUCCCUCACCCCCUGUCCACCCGUGCAUGCCGCCCCUUCCCCGUCUUGCACAAGCAUCGUCUGGGGAGAAGCUCUGGGUUGGGAGGGAGCCUCCUUUCCCUCGUCCCCAGCCACGGAAGCAGAUAGCUGCAUGCCUGCAGAAGUUGUUGCUGCCGUUGAUGUGAACACUCUUGCCAAUGAAGUUUAUAAACACAACUUUCCCAGCACACCACUAUGGGCAAAAACAAUUGAGGGCAUAACCCUGAAAGAAUUUGACAGAUUAUCUUUUGAUAUGAUUUUGAUGAGUCCUCCCUGUCAGCCGUUUACAAGAAUUGGUCUGCAAGGUGAUGUAUCUGAUCCACGGACAAAGAGUUUUCUGUAUAUCCUUGAUAUUCUCCCGAGGCUCCAGAAGCUUCCGAAAUACAUACUCUUAGAAAACGUUAAAGGUUUUGAAUCCUCUUCUGCAAGAAAUGAACUUCUGCAAAUACUAGAAACAUGUGGAUUUAAAUAUCAAGAAUUUCUCUUGUCUCCAACCUGUCUUGGCAUUCCCAAUUCUAGACUGCGAUAUUUUCUAAUUGCAAAGCUUCACGCAAAGCCGUUUUCCUUUCAAGCUCCUGGUCAGAUAUUGACAAGGUUCCCAGAUCAAGAUCUAAAAGACUUAAUCAAAGACAAAGUUGCUGACAAACUCGAUGAAGCUAGUUCUUCCUUGCUCUCUAAAGAGAAGAAUUUCAGUCCGAGCUUUGGUCCUGAUUGCAGCAGCAAGAACUUACCAAAAGAGGCCUUUCUUUUUAAGCUUGAAACAGCAGAAGAAAUGGAAAGGAAGCAUAGUCAGGACAAUGAUUCCUCUAUUCAAAUGCUAAAAGAUUUCCUAGAAGAGGAUAAUGAAGAGAUAAGUCAAUAUUUCUUACCACCAAAGACCUUAUUGCGCUACGCUUUUUUGUUAGACAUUGUUAAACCCACCUGCCGGAGAUCCACAUGCUUCACAAAAGGGUAUGGACACUAUGUAGAAGGCACAGGCUCAGUUCUUCAGACAGCAGUAGAUAUACAGCUUGACUCAGUGUUUAAAUGCAUUGAGAAGAAACCAGAAGAAGAGAAGCUUAUGAAGCUGUCGACAUUAAAACUGAGGUACUUUACCCCAAGAGAAAUAGCAAAUCUCCAUGGAUUCCCUCCAGAAUUUGGCUUCCCUCACAAAGUAACAAUAAAGCAACGCUACCGUCUUUUGGGAAACAGCCUCAAUGUACACGUGGUGGCAAAAUUGAUCUCCUUUCUACUUGGAUCGUUUGGAACCUGAAUCUGAUAAAUAUGGACUGAUGACAGAAAAUACUUUUGUCUCUUAAGAGAAAGUUGAUAGUGGCUUAACAAAAAUCACAGCUAACAAAAAUGUCUGUCCAGGUAUUUUACUGAACAGUUCUCAUGUAUUUUUAAUAUUGUAUUGUAUUUAUGGUGGAUUUGCAUUGUACAGAUGUUUUAUUUAAAUGGAUCUUGCCAGGAAUUAAUGGCUUUAGAUGUUCUUUCUAGUUUGCAGAAGGAAAAAUAGGAGCAUUUACACAUUCCUCAAUGAAAAUGGGUAAAACUUUUGUAUUUUUAUCUUAAAACUGUCUUCUCAACGCAGUAUAAAAAGGCUACAAACGUCAAAGCUGUUCUAAUUAAGUGCAGAGACCAAGUUCUACAUGUAAAAUAUCUUCAUCUGUAAAUGCAAGUGAUCUAUUCUUAAAAGAUUUACUGUAUAUGUAAUCUGAGAUUUUGAUGCGUUUUUGUAGCUAAUGAAACUAUUAAAUUCAGUAUUUUGUAUAGGUAUUGUAUGUGUAUUUUAAGGAAACACAAUAUCAUCCUUAGUUUAUGUUUGCCUGAUCCUCUCUAGAUAGUUGUAGGUUUCUGAAACCCAGUUGUAUCUGUCUGGAGAAAUUUGUUUCGGGGCAACUGAAUAAAAAUAUUUCAAGGUUAUCACAAGUCUUGACAAUAACUUUGCUGUUUCUAUUUUCACUUAAAUCAUGCAGGAUGAGAUCAUUGGUCUUUACCAAAGACCUACACAUACAAGACAUAAAAAGAUUUAAAAGCUCCCUGUCUAGGCAAGGAAGGGUUUCUGUGGCAUGAGAACUGGAGAAAAAGUACACGGUUAUCUUCCAAGACUUCACAGAAUUUGACACUACGGCUAGGGUAAGGAGUGAAUGUUGGGGUGAGGCCACUGUCUGUGGCCACCCAGAAUGCCACAGGUGUACACCAUCUCAUAGAGCUGGGCUAACAGAUUUGUGUAUCAUCAGGUCUUGUAAGUUCAGCAUCCUGUAGCAGUAGAGAAAAUUAUGGAAAAACUUGAGUGCCUUCUGAAGAAGUAUGUGUUUAGUUUGUUACUUUUGGUACAGAUAAUGCCAUAAUGGUAUCUAGAGAAAAACCAGGUUGAGAGAGGAAAAGGUGAGAUGGUAGCUAGUAAACAACCAAUAGGGGACUGAUAUGUUACAUGACUGAAGGAUUUCUUAGAUUGAUCAUAGUUCCUCUGCACCAAAACAGCAAGUUGUCAAAGCCACCAGCCUGGAAAAAGACUGAUUUUUUUCUGUGGGAAAGACCUAUUCACAGUUACGAUAUAUUGCAUCCAGGCUUGAUAAUGCAGUAGAUACUAAAGACUAGAGAACAGAGGUGCUGUAGAGAUACUGCAGGCGUUCUGUUCUGCUGUAGUCCUCCUGAAAGAGAAAAUGAGUGUGGUAGGUAUCACCUUAUACUGUACUUUAGCUUAUGCUGACUCCUUGUUUAUUUCUUCUUCUGUCUUAAUGUGCAUGCUGCUGCUUCUGGACUAUUAAAUCAGGAAAGCUUGGGCUGAGCUACUGCAGCCUGUCUUGUUCUCCAAGAGCAUUUUGACCACUUGGAGUGUUCCAGCUAUAGAAGAGAAAUGGAAAUAAAUUCUCCUGAAAGAGCUCUGGACUGGGCUCUUUUAUCUUAGAGAAAGAUGAGUUCUGGACCCCCUCUUUACAUGAUUUCUUGUAGCAGUAUAAUGGCAAAAAGGAGUAAUAAUUUUAGGUUAUAUCUACUGCUAACCUUUGCAAAGAGCAAGUGUGUUUUGGACUGUGUUGUGAACUAUAGUUUGUUUACGUGGUAGUUAUUAUUUAAAUUUAUCAGCAGAUUAAUAACCAGUUACUACAUGGUCUUGUUCUUGGAGAUACGUGAUAACGAGAGGAUCUUUUCCUCUCUGAAGUGAUCUAAACAGUCAAAUGAAAACAAAGGAAAUCAUAAUUUUAUGUACAAAAUGGGAUUUUUUUCUGCUAAAGCAUUUAAAUAGCCUUUUCAUUUUGCCUCACUGUAAUAAUAGUAACUAUUAACAUUUCAUUUUCAAUUCUUUAGUGUUUAAAUGAUAUUUUAGUGGCUUAUUUUAAUUUAUAUGCCUUUUGUAAGCGAGCUGUAUUAAAGUGUAAUUUGAAAGUUACGUAGGUGCAUGUAAAACUAUAAUAUAGCAAUAGUCUGUUACAUGUUGGCAGUGAUUUUUUCAUUUCAUAUGAAUGUGAAGACUGAAAUUUGUUUACUUAUCAGAUCUGUUUCCAAAGCAGAUAAUAUUUUGAACAGAUUUCAAAGUUGUAAAUAUGUCUCUGUGUAUUUUACCCCUCUGAGCCCUGGAAAACGAGCGCAGCUAAAUUGAGUGAACUGCUUCCUAUCCCAUCUAUUUGUCAUUAAUAGACUUGUUUACCGAGCUUUGUUGAGUUGCACCUGCUUGGCCUCGCUUGAUGAUCAUGUUGCUUCUCUUUUUUCAAGCAGUCUCCUAAUAGUAAGUGCUUUGCAGCCUACAUCUGUGCAGAACUUUGCAACUUCAACUUAAACCUUUUAACAGCAAUGAAAUAGGAAAAGUGAUUGCAAGAGCAGCUGAAAGGUAAAUGAGUGAAAUCUGGAGGACAGCUCUGGAAUUGGGAGGAGAUAGCUAGAAUCUGAUUUUUGCUUUCACAGCUUAGUUAUUCUGCACAUGUGAAAUAUAUCUUCUUGUCUGAGUGAGAUGAUAUGACCAAAUUCCCUCAAGCUUAAGAAUCUCCAGUGAGGAAGAAGAUGUCAUAUUUAGGGGUGUCAUAUUUAUGCAGUUGCUUGUAGAGCAUGGCAAUUGCCUUUGAGAAUGUUUUACCUAUGUAAGCUUGUUUUUAUCUGAGUUAAUCCAGGAUUUCCCUGUACUCAUGAAGAAACCUGUGUAACAGUGAAGUUAUUAAAAUAUCUUUUGUUUGAA